AUGCAGUCUUCAGACACGGCCGUAACGCACACGGAGAAGCGGCUUAGGAACAAUCCUUUUUUGGCCAAGAAGUUUCUUACUCUCAGAGAGCGAGCCCAGGAGCCAUUUCGGGGCGUGACAACUGACGGGGAGGUCAUCCCGAGCCUCUACAAUAGCGAUGAGGACGGUGACUUUGACAUCGAACAAGCCGUUACGGCCGGGACUCGCCUCCUUCAGCAGUGCAGCCGAGACGAUCAGGACAAACUCCUGCGGCCGCUCGACUCGUCCGAGAGACGCUCUUGGUUCAACCCCGAAAUCUAUUUCUUUCACUACGGUCUGCGGCUCGAUGAGAUAGAACAGCCCCUGAGAGAUGCUGUAUUCUCGCUGAUGGAGGCCACCCUGUCACCUGCAGGCUACGACAAGGCUCUGAAAGCCAUGCGCGUCAACCAUUUCCUCGGAGAAAUCUGCCACCUGCCCCUGGUGCUUAAUCAGUAUUCUUACAACUUUGUCUUGUUCGAGCAGCCUUCUCCCGAUACCCCUUGGGGCUGGAUGCUCUCCGGGCACCACCUCUGCCUAAGCGCCUUUUUGCACAAGUCGCAAGUCAUCAUCUCGCCCACCUUUACGGGUGCCGAGCCCAACAGCAUCGACGACGGGCCCUGGAAAGGCACGACACUGCUGUCGCCCGAACAGGACCUCGGCCUCCUCUUUAUGCGCCGUCUACCUCUCGAUAUGCAGAAGAAGGCCCAGAUCUUCAAGACGAUGGGCCCGCCUGAAAUUCCCGAGUCGCGAUGGGAUCUGGCAGACCAGAGGCAUCUGUGCGGUGCUUUCCAGGAUAACCGUGUCGUGCCGUACGAGGGCGUGUGUCUGGCUGGGUUGCUGGACAACGACGCCGCCGCCACCGUCGACCUCCUGUUGGACAUCGUGGACCAGUUCCACUUGUACCUGCCGGCUACGGCGAGACGCAACCGGCUGCAGCAGGUAAGGAGACACAUCAGAGACACGUACUUUUGUUGGAUCGGUGGGUUUGGAGACGGUGACGCCUUUUACUAUCGCAUACAGAGCCCUGUCAUCGUGUGCGAGUUUGACCAUCACGCUGGGGUGUUCUUGACAAAUGAGGAGCCCGCGCGCUUUCAUAUACACACUAUCACGCGCAUGCCGAAUGGUGGUGAUUAUGGGUUUGCUAUUUUGGAGCAGCUCGAAAGAUAA